AGGUGAUACCAAUUAUACCACAAAAACUCGCCUAUUCAGUUUUGCAGAAGUGGCGCCCUCCCAACAUAUACAUUGCAACUACGAAUGACGUCGCAGAAACUUGAAAGCGCCUUAAAGUCAUAACUUUCGUCCUUGUUGUACACUUUUAAAUAAACAAGUGCGAGUGAGAUGGUCGACGAGGGUACGUGCAGAGAUGGUUUGUGUUUUGGCCAACAUCGGGAAAAAUUGACAAAAGGUUCUGAACCUUCGUUUCGGGAGUUUGCAUCCAGAAAAGAGAUGUUUUUGUGUUUUUAUCCGACGCAAAACAAACAAUUGCACGUCGUUUUACAUGGGAAAUAAACAAACGAAGGUGGAAACAAGCAUUGAGCAGGAAAAAUAUCACUUUCGACAGAUUGGGGAUACAAUUAACGCCAGUUUGAGUUUCAAUUCGUUUGGCAGUGUUAUAAGCCAAAAUUCUACCUACAGCGUUGCCAGACCGUGGUCGAGAGUAUCCAGAAGAAGGUGGAAAGAGUCCACUCUAACCCUACCGUACGAGUCCAGCAAAACUGCUUGGCCCGUAUCGCAACUGGAAUCGUCGUUUUUACCGGAAUUUCCGGUGACAGAUUCGCGCAACGAGCAACGUUUCCAAGUUCUCGAAGAAAUAAGACAGGGGGCGUUCGGAAAAGUUUACAAGGUCAAUGACAAGGAGCAGGACAAAAUAUUUGCUUUGAAAGUCCUUUCCAAGUCCAAAGUAAUAAAAGACAACUCUGUGCAACAAGUAAAAGACGAAGUUCAAAUCCAAAGAGUCUGCGGUCACCACCCCUUUAUAGUGAACUGUCCGCUGCAUUGGCAGAGCAGGAAGCGUUUGUAUAUUGUAAGUGAUUUCGUGAAAGGUGGGGAGCUGUACGACCUUUUGAAGGCUUACGUGACCUUUCCCAUCGAACUAGUAAAGUUGUAUGUCGCUCAGAUAGCAUUGGCUAUUGACUUUCUCCACAACGCGGGCGUCAUCUAUCGAGACUUAAAGCCGGAAAACGUUUUGCUGGACGGGGACGGGAACGCGCAACUAAUCGACUUCGGACUGUCCAAGUGGCUGAAGUACGGGAACGCGACCAAAACGCUUUGCGGCACCCUCAAAUACAUGGCUCCUGAAGUCCUAACUUUGAAGCCAUAUGGACACGCAGUCGAUUGGUGGAGUCUAGGUGUCCUGGCUUGCUUGAUGCUGACCAAUAAAUACCCAGCACCGGCCGUGGACCAUGAAAACCACACAUACUGCGGUCAAAAACCCGGUACACUACCCACAAGCGUCGAAUUAAAUGUUCCCUGCAAAGAUCUUUUAUUGAGGCUUUUGGAAAUCGAGCCCACAAGGAGGUUGAGAUCUCUGCGAACCUUACAGACCAUAGCCCUUUAUAAGGGCUAUAAUUUUGAGCAUGUCAGGGAAAAAAGGGAAAAACCUAAUGAUUUAUUAAAGAGUUUUUACCCAAAUGGCCCACCUACAAAAGAUGUGGAUGUGGAAAUCGAAUUUUUCCCUAAUUUUGAUGAACUAGUUAGCAUUGAAGUUUAAAGUCAUUUUAAUUGAUAUUAUAAUGAUAUUAUUAAGGCCUAAUCAAAAGUAUUUUAUCUUGCAUGUUUUAUAGAAACUCUUUCAAAUUUUUUUAUCAAAAAUAUUUUUUUAAAUAUAAUA